CGACAAGAAAAUAUCGCCGCCCUGCAAAAUAUCUUAGCAGCCAGCCAGCAAUGUCGUGGAACCACCCGGAUGAGAAUAAAGAGGCCACGAGGUAGGCGGUGCGGCGAGUCUCCCCACACCCACCUGCCGCACGAGCGCGCGCGUGACGCGAGUAACAGCUUCCAGAUAUUUCACCACGUGGAAAAGCGACGCCACCAAGGAUAAAAGAUCGGCCGGUCGUUCGGCCGGAGCACGCCGGAGUCCAGUCGAAGCAGGCAAAGGCUAGGAGCGAUAGCGAAGAAGACGAUGGAGGCUCAUCUGCGGGAGCUCGCGCGCUUGCCGCAGGACCUUCUGGCGGUAUGCUCUUCUGCUGGAUGGACGGACCAGAAGCACAUGCUCUACCUAAGCUUACUGCAGGAAUCCUUUGUGAACCGAUUACACGACCGUGAAACCAGCUUCGAGGGACUCUUCAGUCUGUCCCCAAGACCUUCUAGACCCAAGUCCUGCAGAAAGGUUGAGCAGAUCAGACCACCCUGCUGUGAGGAUGAGGAAGAUGGAGAAGACCGUUCUACUACGUAUGAUGAUGCAUCAGACACCGAGACGGGACAAGAGUCCAGGUCCAGCUGCUCCCGAGCAAGCGCGACGAGCUGUGGAAAGUCGUCCGCAUUCCAUUCUGGCAAGCGCGAGCGUUCCCCUUCCAGGCCUGCAGAUACUUGCAAGAGAACCACCUACUCGUGCGUUUCCUCAGAGGGGUCAGAUCAAAAUUUCACUGACGAGGACGUCGAGGAUACGAACUGGAUUGGAGAAUCCAGACGACGUCGCGGCAACAAGAGACUCAAG